AUGGAGAUCGGAUCGGUGGAAGUGACGAUCACACACGUCGGACUAGGCGUCGGCAUGUUUUUGGUUUAUCUGGUACGUUUAUCCAUAAUUUUCGCUCAAAUUCAAGGACGCUUUCUGAAAAUUUUCUGAAAAAUUAGAACUCUCUUCAACGCUCUGAUUCACCACACUUCAAGAAUCCGUUGAGUAUUGAGAUUGAGCUAAUCAGCCACCAUUCACACAUUUCUAGUGACUCAUCAAAACGAUAUAUCUCAGCCGCCGGUAGAGAUAUCAAAAAGUUGUCAACUAAUAAAAUGAUCAUUAGAAAAUUUUGUACAUUUUAUCAGUUGACCACUUUUUGAUAUCUCUACCAGUAACGGAGAUACAGAGCUUUGAAUGUAAACUCGCACAAAAAUGGCACUUCUUCCAGAUACUAUCCAUAAUCUGCAAACAACUGAAACUUCGGAGGGAGCGGAAAGUGCCCAAUAUUCUACGACAAUUCGAGAAGGUGCCGGGCCUUCACACAAUCCGUACGCCCACGCACACGCUCUUCUGCGGCGUCUACAAUCAGGCGAUCAGCUCAUCCGUCUACACUCAGGACAGGCACAAAGUGCAACGACUUUUGCGGACGCUCUUUCAGAAUCCGAACAUUUUGGUCAGUUUCCUCACCUAUCCACGGCGCGGCUUUUGCGACGCUCACCAAACGUUUGAUCAUCAGUCUGUGCAUUUUGGCACGCCGGUGUUGCUCUGCGUACAGUGCAUUUUAUGUUACGCGCAAAGUUCUUUUUUUUUAGUUUUUGAUUAAUUUUCUCCAAAUAUUCAUCUCUUUAAAGCGUUUUUCUAUACUUUCUACCUCAAUUAGACCUUUUUACAGAUUCCAGGUGAAGUAAUACGCGAAGAGAAGUCGAUACGAUGAAAAGAAACGCGUAAGUAAGUGAAAGUAAGGUUUUAUUCAGAAAAUAUACGAUUUCUCGAAAAACGUGACUAGAUUUUCUAAUCUUAUGGUUAAAAAACUUUACUCACAUUUCUAAGAAUGUUUUCGAACCAAAAAGAAGCUGGCUUUCGCGGAAAAACCGAUAGUUUGCCGGAAGACAGUGAAAUUUCGUUGAAAAAAAUUUUUUUUUGCUUCUACGAACUGUCACUCUACUUUUUUUUUAUUCGAAGACAUUCACAGUCAUGUUAGUGAACAUUUUAAAUCAAAAGAUUAGAAGAUCUAGAGGCGUUUUUCGAGAAAUCGUAUAUUUUCUGAAUAAAAUCUUACUUCCAUUUACUUACGCGUUUCUUUUCAUCGCAUCGACUUCUCUUCGCGUAUGACUUUAUCUGGAAUCUGUAAAAAGGUCUAAUUGAGGUAGAAAGCAGAGAAAAACGUUUUAAAGAGAUGAAUAUUUGGAGAAAAUUCAUCAACAACUAAAAAAAAUGAACUUUGCACGUAACAUAAAAUGCACUGUACGCAGAGCCACACCGACGCGCAAAAAUGCAUACCAUUUGGUUGCGUAUAUUGCGAAAGCCGCGCCGUGAUAUCGCUUCUAAUUUCGCCUAGAACCCCAAACUCCGAGGUUCAGGUGCCCGAAACGUGUGUGGCCGUGUGCAUUCCAACGUGGUGCUCCACCACCGGCGACCGUUUUCAUCAAUUCCACUGCCGUCCGCCGGCGCCGUAUUGUCCGUGCCCAACAAUUGUCUCCGAGUACCAUUACACGUACAAAAUGGUGUCGGGCCGUGUCCAGGCCACUUUCUAUCACAACCGGCGGUGUACGUGUCUGGCCGGCAUCUGCAUUUACCUCCGCAUUGCCGACGAACCCUGGUUUUUCGGCGAUUUGCCCGAAAGUCUUGUGAUGGAUCUGAUCGGACCGGGCGUCAAACGAUGGAUAACGCCACGUGGCAGCCGGAGACGUCGGAUUACUGUACCACUGAGUGUUCGGGAAGCGGAAGAGGAAGAGGAAGAAGAAGCGGAAGAGGAAGAAGAAGAAGAAAGUUGUGAAGAGAGUGAAUGUGAAGAAAUAGUGGUGACGAGUCCGCCGCCGCCGUACUCGACAAUAUCGCGAACAGUGAGAAUCGAAGACCACCCGCCGCCGCCCAGCUACUUUGCACUGUUUUCGAAUGCAACCAAACUUUAG